AUGAACACCUCUACUAACAUCUCUGUAGACAAUGGUUCCUAUGAGAAGCUUCUGUCUUACCUGAUGGGCCUGGAUCAGUAUCAGCUGGAGGAAUUCAAACUUUGCCUCCAGUCCCCACAGCUGCUGCUCGAGAACUUUCAGAAGAUCCCCUGGGCAAAUCUGAAAGCCACCGAUCCCACUAAUCUGCUAUGUCUGUUGAAUGAAUACUUUUCAGAGAGGCAGAUAUGGGAAGUGACCUUCAGAAUCUUUGAGAAGAUGAAUCUGCCUUCAUUAUGCGAGGAAAUUAGAGCAGAGAUGAAUGAGAUUGCGCAGGUGCAGGAACUUCAAGAUCCCAACCAAGAAGAACCAGAGAUGCCAGAAGAAGAAACAGUCCACAGAAGAAGAUACAGAGACAGAAUGAAGGCUAAAAUAUUGGUGAUGUGGGACCAUAUCCCUUGGCCUGAGGACCACAUAUAUCUCCGCAAUGUGACAGAGAAGGAACAUGAAGAACUGAAGAGCCUCCUUUAUCCUAAUAUGACUGGAGCCCAGCCCCAGACGAUAGUCUUGGAGGGUAGGGCAGGUGUUGGGAAGACCACCCUGGCAAUGAAGGUCAUGUUGCAUUGGGCAGAGGGCUUUCUCUUUCAGCACAGGUUCUCCUAUGUUUUCUAUAUCAGCUGCCAUAAAAUGAAAGAGAUGGAGGAUACCACCUUUGCUGAUCUGCUUUCCCAGGACUGGCCUGACUCUCAGGCCCCCAUUGAAGAGUUCAUAUGUCACCCUGAGAGGCUCCUGUUUGUCAUUGAUGGUUUUGAGGAAAUGGCCAUGCCUUCCAAGUUGAGCGACAGUCCGCCAUGUACAGACUGGUACCAGCAGCUCCCGGUAGCCAGAAUCCUACUCCACUUGUUGAAGAAAGAAUUGAUUCCCACGGCUACCUUACUGAUCACUACCAGGGACUAUAGAAAUGGGGCUCUUAAAAAGUUGUUAUUGAAUCCAUGGUUUGUACUUAUCUCAGGGUUCACAGAGGGAGACCGGAGUGAAUAUUUCUUCAGGUACUUUGGUGACCGAAAUAUAGCCAAGAAAAUCUUGCAUUGGAUAAGGAAAAAUGAAACUCUGUUUCAUUCCUGCUCUGCCCCCUUGGUGUGCUGGACUGUGUGUUCCAGCCUGAAGCGGCAGAUGGCGAGAAAUCCCCAUUUCCAGCUGAGCACCCAGACCACCACCAGUCUGUACGCCCAUUUUUUCUCCAGCUUGUUUGCAACAGCAGAGGUGAGUUUGUCGGAUCAGAGCUGGCCAGAACAAUGGAGGGCCCUCUGUUCUCUGGCUGCAGAGGGGAUGUGGUUUUCAAACUUCACAUUUGCAAAAGAGGCCAUUGAACACCGGCGCUUGGAAGCCUCCCUCAUUGAUUCUCUCCUCAGCUUAAAUAUUCUUCGAAAGGCCAGUGACUGUGAGGAUUGCAUUGCUUUCACUCACCAAAGUUUCCAGGUGUUUUUUGGGGCCAUGUUCUAUGUGCUCAGGGGAACGGAAGGAUCAAUUGGUGGUCCUACAAGGCAUCAAGAGAUGAGAGUGCUACUGAAUGAUGCCUUGGCUGACACAAACUUCUAUUGGAAUCAGAUGGCUCUUUUUUUCUUUGGUCUUUUAAAAAGAGACCUAGCAAGAGAACUGGAAGAUACUUUGCAUUGUAAGAUGUCUUCCAGGAUAAUGGACGAAUUAUUAAAAUGGUCAGAAGAGUUAGAUAAGUUUGACACUGUCUCCAACCAUUUUGAGUUCCUACAGUUUUUUCACUGCUUGUAUGAGACUCAGGAGGAAAACUUUGUAAGGCAGAUUUUGAAUCACCUCCUUGAAGCUGACCUCAAUAUUUUUGGGAAUCUGCAACUCCAAGUUUCUUCAUUUUGCCUAAAGCAUUGUCAAAGGUUGAGUAAGCUAAGGCUAUCUGUCAGCAGUCCCAUCCCUCAUGCAGAAUUGACUUUUGAUUUGGAAAAUCUGGAGAUGAGGCUUGUCGAUUCCAAGAUACGUCAGUGGCAGGAUAUUUGCUCCGUGUUUUGCAAUGGAAAUGUGAGCGAGUUGGACCUGAGUAACAGCGAGCUUAACACUUCAUCUAUGAAGAAGCUCUGCUACAAGCUGAGAAAUCCAAGGUGCAAACUCCAGAAACUGACGUGCAAGUCAAUAACUCCUGUGAGGAUUCUGAAGGAGCUUGUCCUCGUCCUUUACGGUAACAACAAGCUGACCCAUCUGAACUUGAGCUCAAACAACCUGGGAGUCACUGUGUCCACGAUGAUUUUUAGAACCUUGAGGCACUCAGCCUGCAACCUCAAGUAUCUGUGCCUGGAGAAAUGCAACCUGUCAGCCUCCAGCUAUCAGAAUCUGGCCUUGCUUCUCCCCAGCACCCAGAGGUUGACUCGACUGUGCCUGGGAUUCAAUCAGCUCCAAGAUGACGGUGUAAAGCUGCUGUGUUCUUCCCUGUCCCACCCCGAGUGUGCCUUAGAGAGAUUGGUGCUUUGGUUCUGCCAGCUUGGGACACCCAGUUGCAGGUACUUGUCAGAAGCUCUCCUCCGGAACAAGAGUUUGACGCACCUGAAUCUGAGGAAGAACAACCUGGGAGACGAGGGGGUGAAGGUUCUGUGCAAGGCCCUGAGUCAUCUGGAUUGCAACCUGCAGAACCUGGAUUUGUCAGAUUGUUCUUUCACAACGGAGAGCUGUGGCGAGCUUGCUAAUGUCCUCAAGCAUAACCAUAAUGUGAAAAUUUUGGAUAUUGGGAACAAUGAUGUUCAGGAUGAUGGAGUGAAACGACUCUGCAAGGUUCUAAAACAUUCGAAUUGUGCCUUGAACACACUUGGGUUGGAGAAAUGCAAUUUGACGCCUGCUUGCUGCCAGCCUCUCUCCUCUGUUCUCAGAAGCUGUAAAAGCUUGGUUAAUCUGAACCUUCUUGGAAAUGACUUUGGGCCCGAUGGAGUCAACACGCUGUGGAAGUCCUUGAGAAGAUCAACGUGCAAACUACGAAAACUCGGGUAA